GAGUUCCAUCACCUCCGAGUUCGUUCCGUUGGGGGGAGCUCUGACACUGUGGAGCUUGAUUGUGGCCCGUGCAGCCCGGCUUAUCCCGAUAACCCGAAUGCACAGCAACGACCACCGGCGGCCCUGCCUUUGGCCGAAAGUCUCCGGUUCCCAGUGCCUUACAUAAUCAACCGAGAGUGGGGAACAUAUUGUGGUGGAAGAUUAUGUAAGGCGUCUAGGAGCUCCUGUGCUCUCGUUGACGGAAUCCUUCGGCUUUUCAUCCCACCCGCCGUGUCACCAUCUAGUCGUGCCAUCGUCACUGGUGCAGCAGCGGCAGCACGCACUCGUUCAGCCCCCAAAGGCCCUUGCAUCGUCCGCAGCGGGAGCAUGUUGAUAGGACGAGUAGGGCGACAUGGCGGGGAUCCCGGCCCCGCUCCGCUGCAGCAUGUCAUCACAACACAAGACGGCCCGUUGGGAAUUGCUCUCGAGUUUGCAGAAGCACCCGUUCCCUCUUCGCCGCUGCCGCCGCCCACGGGGUCGGAGAGCUUAGCUUCCCUGGAGGAACCCGUUGCCACGGACUCGCCGCCGUUCACAGCCUUCCUCUCAUGCCCACAUUGA